AUGGAUGGAACCGAUCUCCUACCAACCGAGGACGGCCUUAUACACGCAGAAGGGUCCGGCUGUGUUCCAUACGAAGAGCAACAAAACUGCCAAAUAUCAGAUCCUGAUCCCGCUGGUGAGUUAGUUUGCAUGAUUAUGGCGCGCUUAAACUUUUCAGAUCAGAUGCGCUCAAAUGGAUCAACCGCAUCCAAGGAACAGCCACACCGCUUGACUGAGGUGUUGCUUAUUGUAGUGUUGUACUUCGAUCGAUAUCUGAUCAAGCUUUAG